UAAUAUUUGCUUGAAUGUUGCUUUCAUUAUAUCAUUAAAAAAACAAUGAUUUAAAUCAACAAUAAUUUAAAAAUACUAGAGUGGUAUUAAACAAGGGAUAUACAAAUAUCAUCUUAUGCAAUGAGUAUUCCAUUUAAUAGUAAGCAGCAUAGAAAAAAUAAAUGAUUCUCCAAACUACAGAGUUUUUUUUUUUAAAAAAAAAUUCUUGCUAUUUCUUUAAAAUUAUACCAUACACACAAUAUAUGAGCAUUAUAUUGAAUAUUUACUCUAUUUGCAGAUAAAACAAUUGUAUGGCUGCUCGCUUCCAAGUGGAUUGGCUUCAUAAUCCAGAAUUCAAAGACUGGGUUAAGGAGGUUGAAUCAGACAACCAUAGAGCAAAAUGUGUUGUUUGCCAUUCAACAUUUUCACUAAGUAAUAUGGGCCACCGCGCUCUUAGAAGCCAUGCCAAAAGCGCACAGCAUGUAAAAAGAAUGAAAGCAAUGCAAGGAACAUUACCAUUAAAAUUUUUCACUUCUGACAAUGGGAAAGCACCAAGCAUAGAGUCUUCUAAUAAAACUAUUGAGAGUGGCAGCAGUUCUGUCGAAUCCCUAAAUGAUCCAAUAUUGUCUACCCCUUCUACAAGACAAGGUCUUGAAUCAUUCCUUUUAAGAGAUGAUGUUACGAAAGCAGAAAUUUUAUGGUGUCUUCACACCGUUGUUACUCAUAAAUCUGUUAGGAUGUUAGAGAAGGAUGUAGAAUUAUUUCAGCUUUUAUUUCCAGAUAGCAAGAUUGCCAAAAGCAUUAAACUUAAAAAAAGUAAAAUAGCAUAUUCUAUUUUAUAUGGUAUUGCUCCAUAUUUCAAAACAGAACUGAUAACAAAUAUUUCGAAAUGCGAGUUUUUCACUGUUGGAUUCGAUGAAUCUCUAAGGUUUCCAAAAAGACUCAGAUGGACAUAAAUGUAAGGUUCUGGUGUAAUGAGCAAGAACUUGUUUGCACCAGAUAUUUAACUUACGCAUUUUUAAGUCGGACCACAGCAGACGAAAUUAGGCGCAAUUUUAAAGAGGAAUUUUAUGGUGUCUGGAAAGCAUAUGGA